GAUGAAAUCUUUUUCUAAACUCAUUUUCAUUCUCCUCCCACUGAGUCCCAUCCGAAAUCUCUAAAUCCAAACAGAAUCUAAAAUAGGAAAUAUAUAUAUUUUUAGCAUUUUCACAUAUUCAUUUCCAGCCAAGAGUCCAAGCCACCUCAGUAUCUCUCCCUCCCCUCUCUCUCUCUUGCGAGAACUCGUUCUCUGCGAAACGACCGAUUUGAGGCCGAAAGAAAAGAAAGAAACCUAACUGUAAUGUAGUGAGAUGGAAUAGUUCAACAGAUCAUGUAAACCCAAAAUAUCCGUUUGUUUACCUGGAAUUUUGUAAAUGCUAUUUGUAUGAAACCUCCCUUCGAUUUUCUCGGCCAUAUAAAUUUGCUUUAUAUGUUUCCACAAUAAACACAGAUUAUGGAUAUUGUUGAUGUUGAAGAAAAUUUAUUUGCAGCGAGUGAUGCCAAGCUACAUGGAGAAAUGUGCAAGUCACUCUCUGCAAUUUAUUACAAAAUCUUGUCAAUUUUUCCCUCUUUAGAAGCGGCACGACCUAGGAGCAAAUCCGGCAUUCAAGCAUUGUGUUCUUUGCACAUUGCCCUUGAGAAGACCAAGAAUGUUCUUCGGCAUUGUUCGGAUUGUAGUAAACUUUACUUGGCAAUAACUGGGGAUUCUGUUCAUUUAAAAUUUGAUAAAGCGAAGUGUGCUCUGAUCGAUAGUCUCAGACGUGUGGAAGAUAUUGAGCCAGAGGCCAUUGGAUGCCAGAUUCUGGAGAUUGUAAGCGAACUUGAGAAUACAGAAUUAUCGCUUGAUCCUCUAGAGAAACAAAUUGGUGAUGAAAUAAUUGCAUUGCUUCAGCAAGGGAGAAAAUUUAGUGACUCAAGUGACAGUAAUGAGCUUGAAUCUUUUUACCGUGCUGCUACUAAACUUGGUGUUACCUCGUCGAAAGUGGCUCUUACAGAGAGAAGAGCUCUCAAGAAACUCAUAGAGAGAGCUCGUGUGGAGGAAGACAAGCGAAAAGAAUCAAUUGUGGCUUAUCUCUUACAUCUUAUGAGAAAAUACUCCAAGUUGUUUAGAAGUGAUCUUGUAGAUGAAAAUGAUUCACAGGGCUCAGCGCCUUCUUCGCCAACAGUUCAGGGUUCUUUCGAGGAUGGAGGGUCUGGUGUGAAUGGUCAUGCAUUUGAGAGGCAGCUGACAAAACUUAGUUCCUUUAAUUUCAAGCCAAAUUUUAGGAAAUCUGGGCAGAUACCUGUUCCACCGGAAGAAUUGAGGUGUCCAAUAUCGUUGCAACUAAUGCAUGAUCCUGUCAUUAUCGCAUCAGGACAAACAUAUGAAAGGAUCUGCAUUGAAAAAUGGUUUAGUGAUGGGCAUGACACCUGUCCAAAGACUCAACAGCAACUCUCUCAUUGUUGCUUCACUCCUAAUUACUCUGUUAAAGGUCUUACUAAUAGUUGGUGUGAACAGAAUGGUGUGCCUAUUCCAGAUGGUCCCCCGGAAUCCCUUGAUCUGAAUUAUUGGAGGCUUGCUUUGUCUCAGUCAGAGUCCUCAAAUUCAAGAUCUGUGAAGAGUGUUGGCUCCCGCAAAUUGAAGGAGGUAAAGGUUGUUCCUAUAGAAGAGAGUGGAACCAUUGAGGAGGUCGAAGUAAAUGAAGCAGAAAAUUUAUCUCCUCUGGGAGAUGUGUCUCAGCUUGAUGUGUUUGAUAGAUAUCAGAAUUUUCUGACUAUCUUGAAUGAAGGGGAAGACAUAGGGAAAAAGUGCGAAGUUGCAGAACAAGUAAGGCUCCUGUUGAAAGACGAUGAGGAGGCCAGAACUUUUUUGGGGUCUCAUGGCCUUGUUGAGGCGCUAAUGGUGUUUCUUAAGUUCGCUGUUCGUGAAAGGAACAUGAUGGCCCAGGAAAUUGCUGCUAUGGCUUUGUUUAAUCUUGCUGUCAACAAUGACAGGAACAAGGAAAUGAUGUUGGCAGCUGGCAUGAUACCAUUGCUGGAGGAUAUGAUCUCCAACACAAACUCCCAUGGCUCAGCAACUGCCCUCUACCUGAAUCUCUCUUGCCUUGAACAAGCCAAAUCUAUCAUUGGCUCGAGUAAGGCUGUUCCCUUUUUAGUCGGGAUCCUUCAAAGUGAAGCGGAUUCCCUGUGCAAACUUGAUGCCCUUCAUGCCCUCUAUAAUCUCUCCUCUCAUUCUUCUAAUAUUUCAAACCUUCUUUCGGCUGGCAUCAUUAGUGGACUCCAAUCUCUACUUGCUCUUACUGGGGACCAUACUUGGACAGAAAAGUGCAUAGCUGUCCUGAUAUAUUUGGCUUUGAGUAAACCAGGAAAAGAAGAAAUGGUCUCUGCACCUGGCCUUAUUAGCUCGCUUGCAGCAAUACUGGAUGCUGGUGAAUCCAUUGAACAGGAACAAGCAGCCUCAUGCCUUUUGAUUCUGUGUAAUGGGAGUGAGAAAUGCAGUCAAAUGGUCCUACAGGAAGGGGUGAUACCUGCAUUGGUAUCGAUUUCAGUAAAUGGGACGACAAGGGGGAGAGAUAAGGCUCAAAAACUAUUGAUACUGUUUCGUGAGCAGAGGCAACAAGAUCGACCAUCUCCUGAUAUUACUCUAAAGCGAGCUGAGACUAGCUCCAAGGCAAUGCCUGCUCCAGAGUCAAAUCCUUUUUGUAAAACAACGUCGAGGAGGAAGAUGGGAAAAGCUUUUAGCUUUUUCUGGAAGAGCAAGAGCUAUUCGGUUUCCCAGUAUUGAUUCUGUGCUGUAAGUUUCUGUUGUACCUUCUUUUCUGUAUCUUUUAGUCGUCAUUGAUUUCUUUUUUCCUUUCCGUAGAGAAGAGUUGUACAGGCCAUUGUAAUCUGUGGAUUUUUGUUUUUACCUUGCCUUCCCUUCUGGCUAGGAAGAUAUGUAGCCAUGUAUUUCAUAAUUAAAGCAGUAGAGUUGCCUUGA